CGGAUACCGUGUGUUGGACUCCUUAGUCUGUUGACAUGGAGGAAAGCGUGGCCGAUCCUUGUUCGGUAAAUUCUUCCAAAAACAAACAAGUUUCUGACAAAAAUGAGCCACAAGAAGGCUCUUUAUCAACCGAAGAUGCUAAAGAGACAACAGAAUCGGGUAAAGAACAGCAGAAAAGUAAGGGAACAAAGAGAAAAAGCUCUUGUGAGACGCAGCUUUAUACUUGUGAAGUGUGUCAAGUCAAACUCAAUUCUGCUAGUCAAGCUUACCAACAUUUCCAGGGAAAAAGCCAUCAAGGGAAAGUAAAAAUGUUAGAAAUGGCAGCAGAAGUGAAAGCUCCUCCUGUGGUCAGUCAUCCAGUUACCAUCAACACACCAGUUCCUCAAACCACACAUAUAGCUCCGUCAUCUAUUGAAUAUUAUUGUUCAUUAUGUAAGAAGAUAUUCAAUUCACAAACACAAGCUGACCAACAUUUUAGUGGCAAAGCCCACAGACAUAAAAUUUCAGAAGAUGCUAUUUCUAAAAGUUCUCCAUAUUCCUCUUCUACAAAAAUGGGUAAUGGUAGCACUCUCUCUCUUGAUGGACAAACGGCUGGCUUUAAAAAUGAAGCAGCUCAACCAAAACAGCCAGAUAUAAACCUUGGAUCAAAUGUGAAGUGUCAGCUAUUUACCUGUGAAAAUUGUCACAUUACACUGAAUUCUCCCAGACAAUUUCAGCAGCAUGUGAGUGGAUUAAGACACAAGAUUAUUGUGGGUAAAGCCAAGCCUCCACCUCCUCCUCAAGCUGAAGAGCCAGGCUGGCAGGAAAUACGAUACAAGAAACUUACAACAGCAAUGACGACUGUAGGAAUUAUGAAGAAUCUGCAAAACACAGGGGCAAACAUUAACACUGGUGGCACACAACUUGGUCAAUAUUACUGUAAGGACUGUGACAUCAGCGUCAACUCACCAUUACAACUGCAACAACACAUGACUAGUGCAAAACACAAGGCAAGGCUUGAUGGGAUAGCUAAGGGUAUUGCUUUACCGGCCAGGAAAAAAACCAAGGGGAGAGGAGGUGUCAUUCCUGGUACCACAAAGCCUUUUAUUCCUGGUAAUAUCAAAGCUGGAAAUGCAGCUGGGCGUGGUAGGAGCACACCAUCACUAUCAUCAAGUUUUGUUAAAGCUGGUAAAAUCUCUACAUUUUAUACAACACAGACAGUCGAAGCUCCAGUCACAGUACAACCUUCAUACAAUACUGUGAAAUCUAGUUUCCCUGUAAAUGGUGCAAUAGGUGAUCACUAUAAUAGCUAUUCUCAACACCAAUAUCAGAUGCAUUUACCUCCAUAUUCCUCACAGAUGUAUUAAUGAUCAUAGACAUACUAAUUAUCAUUGCAUUUUACUGAAUUAUGAUCUAGUUGUUUUUUUUUGGUUUUAUCUUUAAAUUUCUUUUUUGGGCUUCCUGUUGCUUUUUGCAACAGGAAGCAAUAUUUAGGCACAGGUAGUCCACCAGUAGGAAAAUACUAAAAAAGAUAAAGAUGAACAUAGGAGGCAAAGGGGGCUAAAAUGGCUUCUAUUUGGCAACCAUUGAUUUUUAUACCAGUCCUGAAAGUUACAAUUAUAUAAAAAAACAACAGCGUUGUAACAGUUCAUUCAAUGUGCUGUAACAAAAUCACGAGACCUAAGGCACAACAUCAUUGCAUUGCAUUUUGAAGGGGAAAUGUACUGAUUAGAAGUAUCAUACAGGUAUAAAAGAAGUCUUGUGCCAAUUAAAACCUUUGCUGUAAAAAUGUACAUUUGCAGAGUUUUCUUGUAAUAAAAUUAGUUAUUCUGGUG